CCAGUUCACACAUCUAGGCUUCGGGCGCAUCUUGGCUGAUGGUGGUGCCUUCCACACCAUUUCCCUCAUUGAAGGCAUACAGGCCUCAAGUUGCACAAAGAUUUCACGACCGCAUCGCGUCUUACCCAGCCAAUUGGCGAAACAAGAUGGCAGAAUCGAGGCGAAGAGCAGAGAUCGAGUCCAAAAGGGCCAAGCUGGCCGAGCUGAAGAGGGCCAGAGAAGAGAGGGACAGGAGGAUAGCUGCUGGUCGAGGGGAGAAAGGUUCAGAGGCGAGCACUCCAUCAGCCCGGAAAGAUCUGGACGAUCUGGUCGCAACUCUGGUAGGCACUUCGGCCAGCGCCAGCGGAGGCAGAUCAGGAUCGAGCAGCGCUGUAGGACGUAUGCCAUCUUACAGCACUGCGGGAGGUGAACCUUCGUCUGAUGGUGCGACUGGUGCAGGAUUAGCCGUCAAUAGCGACAGUCCGGGCAGAGGAGGCAGAUUGUCCACCGGUCCCAGGGCUUCGAGCGAAUAUGGGAGUGAGGCGAUGGGCAGAGAAGACGGAGCAGAAGGAUUGUAUGCCAGGACGCCUCAACUCAUCUCGGGCGCUCAAGAAUUGUUCGAGUAUCCUCAAAAGGAGAGAGUGUAUUAUACCAAGGAAGUACAGACCACGUCGACUUCGACGGACGAUGACAUGGGCGAGAAUGGCUUUGUAGGUGAAGGGGCUGGCGGCGCUGGGGGGGAAGCGCGCAUACCUGCAGCAGCGGAAGAAGCUUUGAGAGCGAAAAUCAAAAAGGAACUGGAAGAAGCUCAAGAAGCGAAAGAGGCGGAAGAAAUGAAAUUAGAAGAGGAGAGAUUGGAAAGAGAGAUCGAGGAGGGCCUCAGAGAGCUUUCAUCGGCGGAACUCAAUUCGAUCUAUGGAGCGCAAGACUUCACCAGCUUUGUGCAGACCAGCUCCAAGAUUGUCGAAAGAGCCCUCACAGACGCCUACGACUUUAUGAAGGAUUACACAAAGGACGAGAGCGGAGUUGGGGACGAAGCGGAAGCGCGCCAAGUGAAGGUGGUGCGGACCUUUUGGGAUGACAAGCUUUGCCGCGGACGGAGCGUCACUGACCUGGACUGGUCGGCCAGACACCCCGAGCUUAGCGUUGCCAGCUACAGUCGAUCUGACGCAAUCUCGAAUGAAGACCCGGAUGGCGUGGUUGCGGUGUGGAAUAUGCAUCUUGCAGACAGGCCGGAGUUCGUCUUUCACGCUCAGACGGACGUGCUUUCGACCAAAUUCUCGCCCUUCAACCCAAACUUGGUCGUGGGCGGAACUUACAGUGGACAGAUCUUGAUCUGGGAUACUCGAAGCGGCACAUUGCCAGUCCUCAAGACGCCUCUCUCAGCUGCUGGUCAUACGCACCCAGUCUACUCGUUGCAAAUUGUGGGAACCCAAAACGCGCACAACCUCGUAUCCGCGUCCACCGAUGGACUAGUGUGCGGCUGGAUGAUGGACGUGCUAGCCAAGCCAUCGGAGGUGCUUGAGCUGCUUUCGCCUCAUCACACCAAGACUGACGAGGUGUCCGUUACCUCUUUCGGCUUCCCGGAUCAAGAGACGGUUGAGUUCCUGGUGGGCACCGAAGAAGGCCACAUUUUUCCUUGCGCUCGCUUUGAUCGAGCAAGCGGCAAAGCUGGAUUGAACACUUCUUACGUUCUCAAAGGUCACGCAGCACCUGUAUCAUCCUUGCAUUUCCACCCCCUCUACGGGCCAGUGGAUUUCUCAGACUUGUUCCUUAGCUCCAGUAUGGACUGGACUAGCAGACUGUGGAGGUUACCUGGUCAAUCGGCCGCUGCCGCUGGGGGAGCCCCCACUGCACCUGGCGUGUCUUCGCUAGGCUCCGCUGCCGGUUCCUUUGCGUCUGCUGGCAUUUCUGGCGCAUCCUCCUACAACACGAGCAUCGUUGAACCGGUCACGACGUUUGAAGAGGCACCAGAAUAUGUCUACGAUGUCAGGUGGCACCCUACACAUCCCGCGGUCUUUGGUCAGGUGGACGGCGUGGGCCGUUUUGAUCUGUUCAACUUGAACCAAGACACCGAGCGUCCCAUAUCGAGCACCAUCAUCGGAAACGGCCGCGCGCUGAACAAGCUGGCAUGGGACAAGAAAGAAGGCAAAAAGGCAGCAAUGGGAGGCAUCGAUGGUAGGAUCUACAUCGCCGAUGUUGGCACGCUGGCCCAACCGCGCGAAGAUGAAUGGAUGACCUUCCAGAGGACGGUGGCCGACUUGUUGAAUCCCGACAAGCAAAGGGGCAUUCCCGAAGCCUUGCCCGCAUCAGCUGCCGAUCGACCUUACCGUUCAGACGCGAACGAGACCUAAAUAGCGACAGCUCUGCAGGCCUCAUUCUGAGCAAUAUACCAAGUCAAAGAUUGACCCGCUGUGGGCCGUUGAGCUGCGCGAC